AUGUACAGGGGCAGCAAUAGGGCGAAAAGCGGUCAAGGGGAAAAUAGCGAAGUUAGAGGGCCCAAUUCUGCCUUAACACAGUUUUUAAAAGAACAGGGCAUCAAUGCCGAAAGCAUCAGACAGAAGUGGUUGAAAAGUCGUGAGAAGGAAACAAAAGAGGUUAGCACUGACGUCAAAGAAGAAGAGGAAGAUGAAGAUGUGAGCUCUUCGAAAUAUUUUACCAAAGGAAGACGCCGCGCUAUUAGCGAUAGCUCUGAAGAAAACGACGAGGACGAUGAGGAUGAUGAUGAAGAAGAAGAUAACAACAACGCCGAUGGUAACAGCUUACAGACAAGACGAAGCGUACCGCGUAGUGACGAUAGGUUAAAGCGAUUCGCCAUUGCUGAGGAGGACAGCGAUGAAGAAGAAUACGAUGAAGGCAUGAGUUCCCGGACGAUCUCAGAAACCCCAGUACCCGCAAUAUCCCAAGAGCAGCUGGAACUGAAUCUUAAGAAGAGUAAGCAACAGCUGAUGCAGCGGAGAAGAAAAAAGAAGAGGGCCGCCGAGCUUCUCGAUAGGAAAAUCAGGCGUAUCUCCACUCUGCAGGAUGUUUGUAUCUCUCAAAUCAGUGCUAACAUCUCAAAACUACAACAAAAUACUAAUUCUGCGGAUGACACAAUCCACUCUAAAAUCCGUGAAACCUUGGGUGGUAUUUCAACUCAAAAUAUGAACAAAUUGGCGAGGACCUUAUCUAAAAAUAGGGCACUUAACGACCACACCCUACAGCUAUUUCUCAAAACGGAAUUACGAUCACUGGCAUUUCAUGACUGUUCAAAACUAUCGUAUGAAGGUUAUAAAAUGUUGGCUAUUUUCGCACCACAUUUAUCAGAAUUGUCUUUACAAAUGUGUGGUCAGCUCAACAACGAAGCUUUGCUCUACAUUGCAGAGAAAUUGCCAAAUCUGGAUUCCUUGUACCUAGACGGUCCUUUUCUGAUAAAUGAAUACACAUGGGAUAUCUUUUUUACGAGGAUGGGAGGACGGCUGAAAGCAUUUCACGUCUCAAAUACGCAUAGAUUCACCAACGAUUCCCUUCGGAGUCUCUUAGAGCACUGUGGCAACAACUUAGUCUCUUUAAGGUUAUCAAGGCUUGAUGACCUGACUGACUAUAGUAUAAUGCCACAGUAUUUAAAAUGUCCAAACUUCGAGAAUCUUGGACUGGAACACCCUGCGAAGGAGGAGUACAUUACUGACGACAUACUGGUAGCCACACUGAAAAACAUAGGUUCGACUUUGAAGCACUUGAGCCUAAAUGGAUGCCUCGCCGUCACCGAUACAACUAUCAUCAAUCUAAAAGACGCACUAUCAGCAGAUGCAGGAACCAGUGUUUUAGAGUCUCUGGAAUUGGAAGAAUUAGAUCAAAUAACGUCCGAUGGUAUUGUUUUCCUGUUUAGUGAAGUUUCGAUGCCAAAUUUGAAAGUUUGUAGCUUUAGACGCUGCCUGCAACUUGAUGAUAUGGCAAUCACAGAAUUCUUCCUAAAUAAAGCUGGUAAGAGUAUUAUGACGCUAAGCCUCAAUUCUUUGAAGGCACUAAAAGGUGAUUGUUUCGAUGCAAUGGAAUGUCCAGAGCUCAAAAAACUUGACAUUGGCUUCUUGGGAUGCGCAAAUGACGUUCUAAUCAAAAAACUAGGAGAGCAGAAUGCAAAGCUAGAAAUUUUGGAGGUUUUUGGUGAUAAUCUUGUGAGCGGCAAAGCUGAAAUAAGAUCAGGGUUGACAGUGAUUGGACGACAAAGUGACACUUUAUAA